AAGUGAAAAUUUUAGAAAAAUGUCUGCCGUCGAAUAUAAAAUGCCCGAGGGGCUCAAUUUAGAAGAUAUAGAUAACUGCUGGCCUCAGUGGCAACGUUUCAAGCUAGCUUUUCGCAACUUCGUGCUGGCGGCGGGGUUAGAAAGAAUAUCAGAAACAAGAAAAGCUGCAAUACUUAUUAAUUGCGUAGGCCACGAAGCGCAAGAAUUAUAUUUUAACGUCCUUAAAGUGGAAGAUAAGGACAAGCUGGAGGAGGUGAUCGAAGUUUUCGACGACUACUUUAAGCCGAAACAAAAUGAAAUUAUAAACAGAUUCAAUCUUAACAAGCGGAACCAAGAAGAGGGAGAAACAUUUGAUGCUUUUUACACAGCAAUAAGAAAAGUAGCGGAGAACUGCAACUACGGAGACCAAAAAGAGAAGAUGCUUCGGGACAAGAUUGUUAUUGGUGUUCGGGAGCAACGUAUUCAACAGAAGCUACUAGAAAUCAAGGAUCUCACUUUGGAGAAGGCCAUCGACAUCUGUAGGUCUGCGGAGCUGUCCAGAGAAUUUGUGAAGACGCUCAACAACCCGGAGGUGCACGCAGUUCAGACGGGCCGGGCAGCACAGCAGCAGCAGCAGCCCAAUAAAGCUAAGUAUUUCAGUAAUCAUAAAAAGACUAUGUCUCGAAAUAUUAAUAUGGAGGGUCGUUAUAAUAAAUGGUUUUAUAACUGCAGAAAGUGUAACACCGAGCAUGGUCCUAAACAGUGUCCUGCUUAUGGUAAGACAUGCUCGAAGUGUAACAAGCCAAAUCAUUUUAGUGUGGGUUGCACUUUCAAUAAGAGACGGGUUGAUAACAUUAAUAACAAUGACAGCGAAGAAGCCUGUAACAAUGUUCAUGACUUAUGACUGUCAAAUAAUAUUACUUAUGAGGUUUAUUCCAUAGAUUUGGGUAAAAAUGAUUGGACUGAGACACUCAGAGUAGAAAAUAAAAAAGUAUGUUUUAAAUGUGACACAGGAGCCCAAAUUAACGUGAUUAGUAACAGGGAUUUUAAGAAAAUUGUCAAUGAUGAUAACAAUUUUAAAAUAUCUGAGACAAGAGUAAUAAUUAAAGUCUUCGGUGGUGGAAAAUUGUUCCCUUUAGGUAAAGUCACACUAAAAAAUUUUUCUAAUGCAGUUAAAAGUGAUGAAGUCAUGACUGAUUUUUUAAUUGUUAAAGAAAGUGUCAGACCAAUCUUAGGAUUAGCCUCAUUAGUAAAACUGAAGUUAUUGAAUAAUACUAAUAUUGAUACAAUUGAAACUGAACAUGUCACCACUAAUACUGCAAAGACUGAUCUGAUAACUAAUAAUAAUAGUAAAAACAGUAUCAUUAAUAAAAACAUUGAACUAUUUCAGGGUGUUGGCGAGUUCAAAACGCCACUGCAACUGCGCAUUCGACCCGAUGCUGAGCCUGUGGUGAGACCUCCACGGCGGGUACCCAACUCCCUGAAGCCGCGCCUCGCGGACAAACUGGCAGCUCUGGUGAAGCAUAAAGUCAUAGCUAAGGUAGACCAUCCUAAAAGUUUUGUUAGCAAUUUAGUCAUAAUUGAAAAGAAAAAUGGUUCACUUAGAAUUUGUUUAGACCCGAAGGACUUGAAUCAAGUGCUAAUAAGAGAGCACCACUUAAUACCAACCUUAGAGGACAUUGUGUCAAAAUUAAAUAAUAAAAAGAUAUUUUCUGUGCUGGAUCUUUCAGACGGGUUUUAUAAUAUUAAAUUGACAGACAGUUCAAGUGACUUGUGUACUUUUAAUAGCCCGUUUGGCUGUUACAAAUUUUUAAGGUGUCCCUUCGGGAUCUCGGUAGCUCCUGAGGUAUUCCAAAAAUAUAGCGAAACUGCCUUUGGUGACAUCCCCGGAGUUAUUGUUUAUUGUGACGACCUCUUAAUAUGUGCUGACACCGAACAGGAACAUGAUGCAAUAUUGGACAAGGUGUUUAGUAGGGCCAGAGAAAACAAUGUUCGCUUCAAUAAAGAGAAAUUUCAAUAUAAAUUAAAGCAAGUAAAGUAUUUUGGCCAUAUUUUUUCAGAACAAGGUAUGCAAAUUGAUCCAGACAGAGUCAGUGCUAUAGUUAAUAUGAAAAGUCCUAUUAAUAAGAAAGAACUCCAAAUUUUCCUCGGAAUGGUUAAUUAUUUAAGAAAAUUUAUUCCACACCUAGCUAAUAUUGCAGCACCGUUACAACUGUUACUGAAAAAAGAUGUUGAAUGGCUUUGGACGGAAAUUCAUGAAGAUGUAUAUAAUAAUAUUAAAAAUAAAAUCAGUACAGCUCCGGUCCUUCAAAAUUUUGAUGAUAAUUUGCCCAUUACCAUACAGUGUGACGCAUCCAAAGAUGGCCUUGGAUGUUGUAUACUUCAAAAUGGCAAACCAGUUUGUUUCGCUUCACGAAGUUUAACAUCAGCUGAGCGUAAUUUUUCACAGAUUGAAAAAGAACUCUUAAGUGUAACCUGGUCUACACGUAAGUUUCAUUACUACAUAUAUGGACGUAAAGUAACAAUACUUAACGAUCACAAACCCCUAGAAAGUUUACUUAAGAAACAUCUUCAUGAAGUACCGUCACCAAGGUUACAAAGAUUGAAACUAAAACUAUUAAGAUAUGACAUAGAAUUUAAAUAUUUACAAGGUAAAUUUAUGUACAUUGCGGACUUGCUAUCACGCUCUUAUCAAUUGUCACCGGACACCGAUGAGUCUUACAUGUAUGAGGUGAUACAUUGCAUGGGCUUAGCACAUAAUUUAGAAUGCUCUGAGGAACAAAAAACAAUAUUAAUAAAUGAAAGUUCCAACGAUAACGAAUUACAGAAAUUAAGGAAUUUCAUAACAAAUGGCUGGCCCACUCAUAAUAAGGAUAUUCCUGAUGGUCUACAUAGUUACCAUAAAUUAAGAGGUGAACUGACUAUAGAUAACUAUUUAAUAUUUUUUAAUAAUCGAUUAAUUGUUCCUAAAAGUUUGAGACAGUCAUACAUUAAAACCUUACAUGAAGGACACAUCGGUGUGACAAAAAUGAAGCAACUGGCGAGAAAUUUAUAUUAUUGGCCACAUAUCGACUCUCAUAUUGAAGAAUAUGUAAAGCGUUGCUUCCCUUGCCAAACUUUUCAAAAUAAUAAUGUUAAAGAGCCACUACUGUCGCACAACAUACCUUGUUUACCAUUUUAUAAAAUAGCUGUUGAUAUUAUGGAUUUUAAAACAAAGAAUUAUUUAAUUAUUUACGAC